AUGUGCAUUUCCGUAGAUGCUAAGCACCGAAAACGUACUGAAAAUGUACAGGAAAAUGUACGGCAAGUGAUUGAUGAUAAAUUCCAGCCUCUUAUAGGUAAGACUGUUAAAUAUCCUUAUGAUCCAAAUAGUGAAGAUGAAGUUAUACGAAUAGGGUUUGGAUUUUUGAAGCAGGGUAAACGCGUGUCAUUUAUUGUAACAAGUCCUGUAAUGGCCCAAGCAUUACAACGAAAAAAUGAAUUCUUUGAUAUUAAUGCAGCUUGGGGUAAACUCAAUUGUGUAGCUUAUACAAAUACAGGUAUUUCUUUUGAGAAAUCUAAUCACUUUGACAUAGUUGUAGGAAUUACAAAUAUUGCAACUCCAAAAAAUUCCAAUGAGCCUUUUCGCCCAUCUGGUCAUGAAAAUAUUCGUACAGAGCUUGCGAUUGCUCAGCCUACAGCAUCAUUACUUAAGGCUAGUAAAAAUUUUUCAAGUUAUAAUUUUCGAGAUUAUUUUUAUCGACAUACUAGAGAUAGUUUUAGUAAAAAUAAAUUCGAAACUAGACCAUAUAAAAUUUUGGAAUUUAUAAAAAAAUCAAAGGAUGAAUUGGCGACAUUAAAACGGCAAAGCUAUCUAAGUAGUCUUUAUAGUAAUGGAGAAAAAUUAAUUAUUGAAAGAAAUGAUAAUGGUAAUAAAUUGUUAAAAGAUGUUCCGCAUAUUCCAGAAACUGGCCAUCUAAACUUGACAAAAAGUGCUAAUGCUUCUUGUACACCAUAUCUUGAAAUUGAUAAAAAAUCUUCACAAUCUCAUACUUGUGCCUCUUCUUCAAACAGUCAAGAAUCAUCUUCCCUGAAAGAAGAUCAACAACAAGCCAAUAAAAAAGAUCAUAGAGCGAUAGGAAAAUCACAGCAAUUAUUUUUAGUACAUCCUUGGAGCCCAGGUUCUAUUUUCAUGCUUCCUCAUGGAACGCGCGUUUUCCAUAAAUUACAAAGUUAUAUUCGUUUAAAAUAUAAGGAAUAUGGUUUUGAAGAAGUCAUGACUCCUAUGAUUUUCAAAAAAGAUUUAUGGGAAAUGUCUGGACACUGGCAAAAUUACCAGAGUGAUAUGUUUACUGUUCAUGAAAAAUCCAUUUCAACUCAAAACGAUCAUCACCACAACGAUAACGAUUCCAAUGUGAAGCCCAAAUCAGAUAAUGUUUUUGGUUUGAAACCUAUGAAUUGUCCUGGUCAUUGUUUGAUAUUUGAUAACAGUUCAAAAUCAUACCGUGAUUUGCCAUUAAGGCUUGCAGACUUUGGAUCAUUGCACAGAAAUGAAGCAUCGGGAGUACUUACUGGUCUUACUAGGGUUCGACAAUUUCAUCAAGAUGAUGCACACAUAUUUUGUAGGGAAUCGCAAAUAUAUGAGGAAAUAUCUUCAACACUGUCAUUUUUAGAAAAUGUAUAUAAUGAUUUCAAGUUUCCACAUUAUGAGAUGGUUUUAUCUACAAGACAUGAAUCAACUUACAUUGGUGAACUUUCAGAAUGGGAUAUUGCUGAGGAAUCACUUAAAAAGGCAUUGAAUCAAACUGGAAGAAAAUGGACACUGAAUCCAGGAGAUGCAGCUUUUUAUGGCCCAAAAAUUGACAUAAUGGUAAAAGAUGCUCACCAUCGUAUGCAUCAAACAGCAACAAUUCAAUUGGAUUUUCAACUUCCAAAACGAUUCAAAUUAAAAUAUCGAGAUGAAAACGGCUCAGAUAAAACACCAAUCAUUAUACAUCGUGCCAUACUUGGAUCAAUAGAACGUAUGAUGGCAAUAUUAAUAGAACACACCGGCGGGAAAUGGCCUUUUUGGCUGAGUCCAAGACAAGCAAUAAUUAUUCCAAUAGGUGGAACAAAAUCUAUGGAUUAUGCAAAUCAGGUUAAGCAAUCUUUAUCAAAUAGUAAAAGACACUUUCAAUAUUUCAUAGAUAUAGAUAAUUCAGACAAUAGCUUAAGUAAGAUGAUUAAAACUGCACAGUUAGCACAAUAUAACUUUAUUUUGGUUGUUGGUGAAAAAGAACAAGCCACUCAAACUGUUAAUGUUCGUCAGCGUGAUGAAAGUUCAAUUGAAAACAUGACUAUAGAACAAUUACUAUCACAUUUUGAUUGUUUAACUGAAAAUUAUUUAUUAAUUAACAAAUUUAUGGCCAGUGGAAUAGAAGUUGCUGAAAGUGUUUCUGCAAUUAACAAUAAUUUAGAUGUAGCUAAACAAGCACUCGGUGUAAUUGAUGCAGUUGAAGCAUUUAAACCUUUUGUUCCAUUUAUAGGCAUGGUAACUAUUUUAGCAGAAGAUAUCUUUAAAGUGUAUAGAAAUGCUCAACACUAG